AUGGCAGCAUCCGACGUCGCACAAUGCAAGCGUGUAAGCGACCUUUUUGCCCAAGUGAUAGCUAAUACCAAGUCUCUCGUGCGUGGAUUUCUCUUGCUUGGUGACGUAUCUGACUCGGCUUGUAUCCAAUUGAUCUGGGGCAAGACUGAUCUAAUUAACAACGUGACGCACAAGUAUCAGAUACAACACCAUGUGAGUAAUGUGACUCAGACAAACCGGAAAGUUGUUGUCACGGGUUUCCCUACUCUGUGGACUGCUGACUAUACAAGCAUAUCACCUUCAAGAAAGCGCGUCGUGUCUCUGAAUCUUGAUAACAAGAAAGGAAAUGAUGACGAUACCUCUGAAGGGGUUUUUAACGUUUUUGAAAACCAGAAACUCAUUUCUACAUUUAGGGCACCUAAAACAUUACAUGGUAAUAUUUAUUUAGGAGAACGUGAAGGUGGAAUUACGUGGUCUAGUGAUGAAUUGAAGAUUGCAUACGUUGCUGAGAAAAAUGUUACCAAGUGUUGUGCCUUUUGGGAGAAUGUGAAUUGCGGAAAGGAGAAAAAUGAUGAGGAAAAAAUGCCGCUUGUAGGAAAUAAGUUUGAGUAUCAAGAUGAUUGGGGAGAGCAGUACGAAGGAAAGAAAACGGCAUCGAUAUUCUUGGCAACGGUGGCAACAGGACUAAUUGAGGAAGUUAAGGGUGUACCAGCAAAUUUAACAUGCGCCGAUGUGGCUUUUGUGCCCAAUGAGAACGAGCUAGUGUUUGCAGCGACUGAGACGGAUAAUCCGAAACGACUUGGUCUCAUUUACUGCUACAAUCGUCCGAUUACUUUGUACCACGUCGUGCUGAACGAAGACGAUCAAGCUAAGAAUGUGGUGAAAAAGAUGGAGAUAAUACCUCAGGAUGACGAAAGCACAACUAUUGGGACCAUGAGGAACCCACGUUUCUCACCUGAUGGCAAUCAACUGGCUUUCCUUGCUACUCGAGAUGUCGUUACUCACGGAACGUGCAGUUCUUUAUGCGUGACAGACUGGGCAACGAAGCACACUUCGACAGUGAUUCCUAUCAAGGAUGAGCCUGAUGCGUCUACUCUUGAUGUCACCAAGGCUUUUAACGGACUGUUUAUUAGCAAGCUGAGUGAAAGAGCAUGGUCGGAUGACGGCAAGUACAUAUAUGUGGUGACGCAGGUUGGAUCUCGUGUAGUGUGGAAGUACGUUGAUGUCGCGAAGAAAGACCUUAUCUCUCCCGAGUAUGUCGAAGGCACUGGAGUCGCCACUGAAUCAAUUCUUGACCGGACAGGAGACCACUUCUUGGUGAUGGUGUCGUCUCCUACACGUCCCGCUAGCGUCUUCCUCGUGCACAUUGAUCAGACGACAGGAAAACACUUGGGCUCACCAAUUGUCAUUGAUAGUCAGGAAGGCGGUGCAAAGUAUAUCAAGCGGUGGGAAGUGUACUCCAUUCCGGCUUGUGUAUCUGACGAACCAGCUGCUGAAAAGAAGCUACUCAACACUCCCGCAGUGUUAAAAGAUCUGCUACUUCCAUCAGUCUCUAGCUCAAGUGAUUAUGAAGCAACUGUAGUUCUGCCAAAUACGUCCCCACCAGCUGAAGGCUUUCCUGUAAUUCUUGAGCUGCAUGGUGGACCGCACAGUAAUUCGUCUGUCAUGUAUCGAGACAUGUAUGAUUUCUGGGCUGGUUUGGGUUUAGCAACUGUUACCGUAAAUUAUCGAGGCAGCACUGGCUUUGGGAUCAAGGCGCUGGAAUCCCUGAUUGGAAAGGUCGGCAAACAGGAUGUAUACGAUUGUCACUACGCAUUGUGCUACCUACUUGAGAAAAGUUCGAGACUCGGCCUUUCGUUGGACAAGUCUCGUGUUCAUUGCUCUGGUGGCAGCCACGGCGGUUUUCUAGUCACGCACCUCAUUGCGCAGUUUCCGGGUUUUUACAAGUCCAUGGUAACGCGAAAUCCCGUGACCAACAUUUCAAGUGUCUUCUAUACUUCCGACAUUCCAGAUUGGGGUCUUGCAUGUGCAGGCAUUCAGCGAUUUGAAUCAAUCCAUACGUCACAAAAACUGCAAAACGCUAGGAACAAGCUUCCAGUUCUGACUCCGGAAGCGCGUCUAGCCAUCAUUAGCAAGCUGUGGCAGCAUUCUCCAGUGAGCAAUGACUUAAGCAAGGUCACUACACCUGCACUAUUUGGACUAGGCGGUAAGGAUAGACGUGUGCCGCCCAGCCAAGGCUUAGAAUACCGUGCUAUUAUUGCAAGCUACGGUGUUCCCACGCAACUUCUUUGGUACCCAAAUGACUUCCACCCGCUGGGAUCAGUGGAAGCCUUUGGCGAUUUCUCAGUAAACUGUGGACUUUGGUUGCUAAAACACAAUCCCAAGUGA